GCAUCUUGGCGAGUUUCGCAAGCACUUACAUCUCACAACAGCAAUACUCGUUUCCUCCGUUGUGUAGAAACAAGCCUAGAGAAUAUGGUGAGAAUAGAUGUCCUUGAUCCAAAGUAUCAACUCUCGGACCAAUAUAAGCCGGACAAGGAAAAACAAUACAAACAUCCCAUUGAGCAGGAUGGUUGGGUCAUCGCGCACAAUGCUUUACGCGGGGAAAUCCAAUUGCUCCGCGAUGCCUUGUACGCCAUGAAACAGCGUGACCAAAGUCUUCAAGAUUGGGAGGUCGCUUCAUUGCAGUCUGCUAUUGAUGGGCAUAUAUUGCACAUGCUGGGACAUCAUUCGAAUGAAGAUGAUAUCGUCGUGCCCGAAUGUCGCAAACGCUUUCUUUAUCCAGAAAAACUCGAAACUGAUCACGAAAUUCUCGUGAAAAAAAUUGAAACUAUCAAGGGCAUCAUGCUCGGCCUCGAUGUGGGCAGUAAGGUCGAUAAUCUAUUGCACGAGUGGAUCGAGUACCAAGAUAUGAUGCUGCCCCAUUUGCUAGAAGAAGAGGAAGUUGGCUUGCCUCUAUUCCGCUCCUACUUUGAACCCAAGGCAGCCGCAAAGAUUACGCAGAAAAUCGCACGACAGGCCAGUAGACUGGAGAUGGGGUCAUUUGUAUACUUUCUCGGCACCGAAAAGUUUCGCUCCAUGUUUAUGAAGAAUGAAGGUAUUCCCGACUUUGUGUGGUUCAUCAUGUUCAAACGCUCACACAAAAUCUUUGUGCAGCAGUUCAUCACCAAUGUUGAGGCUUUGACAAGCGGAACUGCGCCCACCGAACCGAAAUGUGGAAGUUGCAACAUCCUUUAGUCGGAACAUAGUGCUGGUCUUGUUCGGUCACAGCAGCAUAUAGGUAAACCUUAAAAGUGUCGGAAUUU